CCCAUUCCAUUCUACUAAGACUUAAACUAUAAUUCUUGUAUUCCUUCUAUAGACAACUACAUACUUCCCGAAAGUACAACCUCGCAUUUUAAAAUUGUUAAAACUUGAUCUCGUUUCAAUUGCAAAAAAGACUUAUACAGCACAAGAAACUAGCGGCAAAACGGCCGAUAUAUACCUUUCCAGGAUGGUCAAGUUGUUGCUCACUUUCAUAAGACCUCUGGAGUAUGCAAUUGCCGAUGAGAAACAACCCGGAGCGAUUGGAAAUCUUUCGAAAGAGCUCUUAGAAUUGCGCAAUGACUUGAAAAAAUUUAUGGAUAUUGCAAAGGAUUUGCAUUCAAGAAUCACUGGUAAACCAUUUCCCUACCAACUGAACUCCGUUGUAACCAGAGCAUCAUUGAACAAGAAAGUUAAUUUCUAUAAAAAACUAGUAAAUAACAAGAUGCCCGUUGAUAACCUUCGUAAUUGGAAAACUUUGGACGAAAUCAAGUACAAAUUAAUCAAUGAACUUCUAAGAGAAGUGUACAACACGAAGGACGCACUAAAUCUUUAAAUGUAGUCACGUGACUACCAAUUGGGUGACAUGUUGAGCAUGCGUAUUACGUUCCUUUAAAGUAAAGGAUUAUAUUCAAUUAAUUAAU